UUCUUAUUUCUGUCAGAAACUGGGUUUUGUUUUAAGUCAUCGCAGCAAGGAGGGGCUAUAGGUUCGGGUCGGAGAACUCGAGAUCUGAUUCAUAAUUUGGAGACCCUUUUGAAAGAGGAGGACUUCCUUUGCUGUAAUUCUCUUCGUUCUCCAUUUGGGUUCCUUGGAUUUUGUGAGGCUGUCUUGCAGUUGGAACCAUGGCGGUCGAGGUUGCGGGAUUUGAGAUGGUUCAAGGACCAGUGGAGAAUGGUGCUGAAGGAGGAAAACCUGUUUUACAUGAGAAGGAGAAUGGGAAGCUGGAAAAAGAUGUAGGAGCUGUGGAGGCCAUCAAAUUUGGGUCACAUGGAGAUGAAUCGGCAAAAGGGAAUGAUGUUUCUGAGGUGAAUGUGCCGAGAGAUGCUGCCGAAGAGUGGCCUGCACCUAAGCAGAUUCAUUCUUAUUAUUUUGUCAGGUGGCGGCCUUAUGAGGAUCCAACCAUAAAGUCUAAAAUUGAUGUGCUUGACAAAGAGAUUACCAAGAAAAAUCAAGCUCGCUUUCAGAUCACUGAAGCACUGAAGGCAAAGCGGUCAGGACGAGCCGAGUUGAUUUCUCAAAUCAAGUCUCUAAGAGGUGACAGUAGGCAAUUUCAGAGUAUUGUGGAUGAGAAAAUAAAAGAGAUCGAACCUUUGCAGCAAGCACUGGGCAAGCUGCGCAAUACAAAUAAUGUGGGCCGGGGUGGUUUGUGUUCAUCUGAGGAGGAACUUAAUAGUGUUAUAUAUAGUUUGCAGUACCGCAUACAGCAUGAGAGCAUUCCAUUGACUGAAGAAAAACAACUCCUCCGAGAAAUCAAACAGCUUGAGGGGACAAGGGAGAAGGUUAUUGCCAAUGCUGCAAUGAGAACCAAGUUACAGGAGUCUAUGGGGCAGAAAGAAGCCAUUCAAGAUCAGGUCAAGCUUAUAGGUGGGGAUUUGGAUGGAGUAAAGAAAGAGAGAGAAGCAAUUCGGUCCAAAAUCAAGCAAAUCGAUGAGGCCCUGAAAGCCAUUGACAAGGAUAUCCAGUCUCUACAGGAGGAACUGACAGCCAUAUCUCAGAAAAGGGACAAAUCUUUUGAGAGCAUGCAGCAGCUUAAAAAACAGCGUGAGGAGGGGAAUUCCUAUUUCUAUCAAAGUCGAGCAGUUUUGAACAAAGCACGGGAUCUGGCUGCAAAGAAAGAUAUCAAUGCUCUUGAUGAAGUUUCACAGACAGAGGUUGAGAAAUUUAUGGCACUCUGGAACAGUGACAAAGCAUUCAGGAAUGAUUAUGAAAAAAGAAUUUUGGCCUCAUUGGAUAUGCGUCAGUUAAGUCGGGAUGGACGGAUGAGGAACCCGGAUGAAAAGCCCUUACUGGAAGAACCAAAACUUGCUGAAGCUGAAGCAAUAGCAAAAACUGUUCCAAAACAGCCAAAGGAGGAGCCUAAGCCUUCUCCACAAGAAACUUUGCCUGCUCAGAAAGAAUCCAAAAGCAAAGGGAAAGAUUUGAAAUCCAAACCAGACAUUAAGGAUUCAGCAGUAACUGAUGAAUAUGAAUUUGAAAAUCCCAAAAAGGUGACCCCUGCCAAGGAGCCUGAAAUUGAUCCUGCAAAGCUGAAAGAGAUGAAGCGUGAGGAGGAAAUUUUGAAAGCAAAGCAGGCCCUGGAAAGAAAGAAGAAGUUAGCUGACAAAGCUGCAGCCAAAGCAGCAAUCAGAGCACAAAAGGAAGCUGAGAAGAAGCUUAAGGACCGUGAGAAGAAAGCAAAGAAGAAGGCUUCAGGUGCUGCUGGAGUUGUUGCUAACCCUGAGGAUGAACCAAAAGAUGAAGUUGCUGAGACUACUGAAGCAGAAAAGGUUGACGAUGACAUUCAAGCCCCUGCUCCUGUGAAGGAGAAGGUCCAAAAGGAGAUUGGUAUCAGGUCCAGGAACCGAGCAAGAGGCCCAGAUUCUGUUCCAAAAGUCAUUCUUAAGCGUAAGAAGUCUAACAAUUACUGGGUGUGGGGUGCAGCUGCAGUUGCUGCUUUGUUAGUCCUCCUUUUGGCAGUGCUUGGAUACAUCUAUCUUUUCUGAGAUGUUUAGAUGUAGAAGGCGGGGUGGCUAGGUUUGUGAAGUAGCAUAAGUUAUAUUCAUGUUCUAUACACCCUCUUGAGAGAAAUAGAUCAAACACUUUGUUGUGCUUAGCUCCUGCGUUGGGGAGAAGUUGCAUGAAUACUACUUUUUAGCUUGACUUUGUACUUUUCAAAUUUUGUUCAGUUUUCAUGAGAUGUUACCGGAA